AUGAGUUUAUUGAAUAUCGCUAAACAUCUUGUUUAUUUAACUCAAACUGAAUAUGGAUAUGAAUAUUCUGCUAUUACUACUGAUGAAAUUAGUGCUUCCAAGCAGUUGUUCGAGGCUCUGACGUCAUUCAAAGAUAGCUAUUUCAGUGAGAUUCAUACUUAUGAUACUCUCGAAUUAGCUGAUGAAUAUGAUGAAUUAACGGAUGAUGAAGAAACCGAUGAUAAAUAUAAAGAAAUAACCGAUCAAGAAGAAGAUAGUGAUAGUGAAGCUGAUGAUUAUAAUAAGAAUGAACACUAUGAUAUAAAAAAUCGUUUUACGUUAGAAGAAAUGGAAAAUAUAAUCGAACGGGUUGAUGAAUAUCCAAAUGCUAGAUUUACAACUAUUUCUCAUCGAUUUCGGAAAAUCAAAUCCAUGAAAACAAUUGAAAAAGAAGCUGUUCAUGAUGAUGAUUUAGAACUUUAUGCAAUUCAAAAAGCAAGAGAAUUAGAUUGGGAUACAUUCAAGGCAAGCAAAUCCUUUAUCAAUACUUUUAAAAAAGAAAAUGGUAUAUCAUCGCGACAGUACAAUAAACUCAUUACUCGAAUUAGAUCGAAUAGAAAAGUCUGCAGCUUAAAUGGUAAUUAA